AUGUCGACCGCCAAUAUGGCGAUGGAUGCCUACGCCAUCCUAGGCGUUGACCGAGAUUCCAAACUCGCUGACAUCAACCUUGCCUACAAACGCCUUGCCUUGAAACUCCAUCCAGACAAGGCUGGAAAUUCCCCCGCAGCCACUGACCGAUUCAGAAAAAUCCAAGAUGCUGUUGAAGUUCUCCGUGACAAAGACCGUCGGCGCCUGCUUGAUGAGGCCCUGAAACAGAAGGCCAAGAGACAACUAGAUCCCGACGAUGACAUAUCAGCUGGGGCCUACAAGCGCAACCACACUCGUCCCUCAAAGCGAGAACGUCAUGGAUAUGAUUUCUUCCACUGGCCGGGCCUAUUUACAGAAUCAACACCUAGAUACGGCCCGAGACAUCAACGCCAGCACACCUUUAGCUACUACUACAGUUAUGGAACAAGUGUGCACAUGGACCCGGAGUCCGCCGAAUCCAGGGCCAAACGAGCGCAAUUCAAAGCAGAAAAUGUCCAGUGGGAGAAGGAGUGGGCUGGGAUUGAUCCAGAAGUGCAGAAGGCACGAGCAGAGUUCCGCAAGGAAAGCAUGCGAGCUCGAACGAAGCGUGACCUAGAAGAAAUGGCAAAUGACCGAAACGAAAACGCCAAAUAUGCCCAUUUGUUUGACCAUCUUGUCGGAGAAGUCUUUUUGGGCGAACUGGAUGAUUUCGUGCAUAUCCUGCCUAAAGAGCAUAUCAAGACCUGCAACCCAGCUGACACAUUUGACGAAUUUUCCUACGAAUAUGCCAAAAGGUUCCGUUCUGAUUCAGAGGGCCCAGUUCACUCGGAUUGCGCUUCAAGUCCUCGGUCUACUGCUAGCGACGCUUCGUCCUUUGACUUCUCAGCAAGUAGUAAUUCCACCGACUACACCCAUCCAGCCAACAAUCACUCGAAUACUAAGUCUGCCACCGUUGAGGAUGACGAAUCCACCAGUGUUGAUUCCAAAUCUGAUGCUGACAAACUCAUCGACUCCUACAUGGUGGGUCAUGAUUCAUUGCUCCCUCUCGUCUCAUUCCUCAAGCAAAAGCUCGCCGAUCCCAAUGGACGCUACACCCUCAAUGACCUCGGCGGUGAGCUCAACGGCCUUAUGCUGGAGACCUACUGUGGCUGGUUGGAAGAUGUUCGUCUUUCAGUCCCGAAUGCCUCGCCAAUUACAGCUCGAAAUGAUUCUAAGCUUUGCUCCCACCUUGGGCUAUGGUACAAGAAUUUCUGCCGUCCCGUGUGCGAUGUUUGCAACUUGUGGAUGCCCUCUUUCACCCUCAUCUGUCCUGGCUGUGGUCUGAAGGCCUGUGUCAGAUGUAAGUUCGAUGAUGGUCGUGACUAUCUCUCGGGGCCUGUUAUGCAGGAACAUUGA